UAGUCGUGGCCUUAUCUGAACACUUGGUCUUGAGCUCAUUCCAAGCGAGACCGCUUUUUGACUCUGCAUCUUUACACACCCCUUCGAACCAUGAGCUUUGGUGGACCACCACAGAGCACGCUCAGACCGACGCCACCGGACCGCGGCAGUUUCCCGCUCGACCAUGGCGGCGAGUGCACGGUGUUUAUGAGCAGGUAUCUCGACUGCCUGCAGGAGAAGCGCGGCAGCAGCCAGCUAUGCAAGCCGCUGUCCAAAGACUACCUCGAGUGCCGGAUGCAAAGAAAACUGAUGGACCGCGACAGAUGGGAGAACCUCGGCUUCCAUGACGAGCAUCCCGACAAGGGUAUGCACCGAGCACCUCCACCACCACCGCCACCAAAAGGAUGACAAGCAGGAUAGUAUAUGAUUUGGCAGAUAUAGAAAACAGCACGGCAAUAAAAUGGUCUACGAGUUUAAAAUGUCAGCACCCUUUCUUCAGAAGUGGACCUUGGCCGUAAUGCGGCCGAUCUGCUUCUCGUCUUCGUUGCGCCAGGCCUUUGCCUCGAGGUAGAAGUUGCCUGGCGGCACAAAGCCCGGCACAUCAACGUCGACAUUGACCUCAAUCACACCUUC